UCAAGACUGUCGAACUCUGAGCGGCCAAUGAAAUUGAAGGCUCCUGAUCCCCAUGCCGCUCUCUGAUUGGUCUAGAAUCCCGGAACAGGCGUUAACCAAGAGGAGGCAGUGGUAAGAUGGCAUCCCUGGAUCGGGUGAAAGUACUGGUGUUGGGAGACUCAGGUGUUGGGAAAUCUUCACUAGUCCAUCUUUUAUGUCAGAAUCAAGUGCUGGGAAAUCCAUCGUGGACUGUAGGCUGUUCAGUGGAUGUCAGAGUUCAUGACUACAAAGAAGGAACCCCAGAAGAAAAGACCUAUUAUAUAGAAUUAUGGGAUGUUGGAGGCUCUGUGGGCAGUGCCAGCAGUGUGAAAAGCACAAGAGCAGUGUUUUACAACUCUGUAAAUGGUAUAAUUUUAGUCCAUGACUUAACAAAUAAAAAGUCAUCUCAAAACUUGUAUCGUUGGUCCAUGGAAGCUCUUAAUAGGGAUUUGGUGCUGACCAGAGUCUUGGUGACAAACGGGGAUUAUGAUCGGGAACAGUUUGCUGAUAACCAAAUGCCACUGUUGGUAAUAGGGACCAAACUGGACCAGAUUCAUGAAACCAAGCGCCAUGAGGUUUUAACUAGGACUGCUUUCCUGGCUGAGGAUUUCAAUGCAGAAGAGAUUAAUUUGGAUUGCACAAAUCCACGGUACUUAGCUGCAGGUUCUUCCAAUGCUGUCAAGAUCAGUAGGUUUUUUGAUAAGCUCUUUGAGUACUUAUUCACACCUGUCAUCCUCCAAAAGUCACUGACCUGGAAAGAAUCUGCUUAAAGCCUUAGUUCUUUUUGUUCUGUCAGCUGUAAACAUUCACCACCUAAACAAUACUAUUUCUUGGUAAGGUUAUAUCAUCUUCCUGAUUCCCUAAUGUCUCCCUAUCAGAAACUUUUACAUUCCUUUUAUUGACUCUGUUAGCAUCAUCUUUUGUCACUGAACUAGAAUGAAAAUGUAAAAUGACUCAGCACACUAUAACUUAGGGCACCCUUUAUUUUUCUUGCACAAGACCGUACAGUUGCAUUGUACAUAGUAUCGACCAAGUUUAAGUUGUUUGCCCGAUGUUGAUAUUCCAUACCCUAAUAAAGUAAAAUAGAAUGUUUCUCUGUAUGUAUUAUUGAAGAAGAUUAAUUUCUGUAUUUUUCUUUUUAAGUAUAAUCUAAGAAAAGCAUUUCCCUCCUUAUAGCUAUUCUUUCUUGACCAUUUGUCUUUUAACUAUUUAUAGAUCUAAUAUUUGGCCCUUUUGUUCAAUAUAUCAACAUGUAAAAUAAGCCCCAGUUCCCUCCCUGUUUAAUAUUAGUCCAGUAGGAAAGUUUUGCCUUGCUGCAGAACUUUUUUAACUGACAAAUAGGGUACAAAUGUGCCCAGAUAUGAUUCCUUCAGUUCUCAGAGCAGCAAGAGUCGCUCCACAAGGAGAACCAGGGUCAUUUACCUUACUGUGCUAUACACCUUUUAACUUUUUCUAAGUGUGCCAUUGUUGUCCAAAACAGAACACCAUAACUUGCAAAAUACUGGGAAGCACUGCAAAGAACCAGAUUUUUUUUUUCCACAUUAUUUUCAAAUUUAAAAUGUAGAAACUUCAUUUGGUGUAGAUCUUUAGCCUCCCCCCCACACUACAAAAUUCUACCCUAAGAGCAACAUCUUAUACAACUGUAUCUGAUCUGGAAAGGUUUCACAGUAUAUUGUUUAAUUUUUUAAUUAUUGAUUUUAAAAUAUAAGAAGAUAUAAUAAGUUAUAUACUAGAGUAAUAAGGAUGUGUAGACUAGAGUAACCCAAGUUGUCAGGCAGGGUUUUAUUUUUUUAAAUGAGGAAUAAUUUGCUUGGUCAUAAGAAGAUUUAGUAAGAUAAAGCCUCUGCAAGUUGCUAGUAAAGAAUUAUUAGCAAAAGCAAAAGGAUCAUUUCUCUGUUACCUAAAUCUCAACAAAAUAUGUGUGACUAGGAGGUGGGCCAGACUGAGGUGGUAGCCUGAAACCUAGGCACCUGACAGUUAAUUUUUGCCCAGUUUUCUAUUUAGCACAUCUUCCAAAAGAUGUGUAAAGAGACUAAUUCCUACUCCAGAUACCCUUAGGUAGCAGUAGUUCCACUCUAGAAUAAGAUCUUCCUGUCAUUUUUGUGGGAUCAAGUAUUUUGAGAUGUAUACCAGUCAGGAGCAGAUUUUCUACCUCUGAGGCCAGUUUGCCCUGAAUCUCUUGAGGCUUAAACUAACUGUAGUCUCCAAGAUAGAAAGGAUAUGGAUAUUUUGGCUCUUGUGCCAAUGAGAACAACCUGGUACAGUCCUGGAAAAACAUGCUUUGCUCUCAUUCAGAGGAAUUCUUAGCUUCAUCAUUUGUAUUUGAAUGCCUUAGAGUUUAUCUCCAGCUAAUCUGUAUUCUUGCCUGACUAACUUUUCUUAGCACAGCAGCUCUGUGUAACAAAAAUAACACUGCCCCUGCAACCAUUGCAGUGCUUCUCAAAUGUUAGAAUAAAAUUCACUUUUAUCAGCGCUCUUAAAUUCAUUACGUUAGAAUGUAUAUUUUUAGCAUUUCUUUCCAGUAGAAGUGAUGGAUUUGUGCAGAUGCAUCAAUUACUUUAACUUAUUUCUCCAAUUGACCAGAUACAGACAGUUCUAAAACUACUGAAUUAAGGGUGCAGAUGAAAUACAAAAGGAAGCUAAUUAACUGUUUUUGAUUUUGCGUCAUUUGUCUACAGUAAGGACAUAACAGAAUAUGUCACUGUUUACUACAGGGACAGGGCAGCUCCCUGCAUCACACAGACUCCUCUUAAAGGAAUAGCUGUACUAUUAUAGGAGUCAAAUGUUUUCCUUAUAUUAUGGAUUCUGUUUAGAACCUUUUGGGGCUGACCACUGGAAAACUUAGAGACAAAUUUCCUGCCAUUCCAUAGGAAUUGCAUGGGAUCUUAUUAUUCUGUUAUUUAGUUGUUUUUGUUCAUUUUCUAAUCUCUCAUGAUUUUUGGAGUGAAGUGGGCCUUUAUGGAAAUAUUCCCACAAUCCUGAUCUCUUUUGCACUAAAUUUUAACUCAUUACUAAAUAUCUACAGCUAUUAAAUACUCUUUAUUUUGAAUAUAUCCCUUUUAGACAUGUAAGUGGCCAUUAUGGUCAGCUGCUUUUUCCAAGUAAAAGUGUGCUAGCUCUUAAAAUUUUUGUUUCUCAAAGCUUGUGUGCAUAGGGAGAAGAAAGGGUUUAAGGGAAGAGGGGGAAUGGGAUGUAAU